AUUCCAUAAACCUUACCUACGUCGCGAAUAAGGAAGAGGUCCAAGACCUAAAGCCUUCUCUUUUUUUUUGAUAAAACAAAACCUAAAGCUUCCUUCCAUAGACGCUCACACUGAUUUCAGUUCUUGUGCGUGUCUGUUUCUGCAAGCACCUGAGCUAGGGUUUCCGAGUUGACAUGGCUGAUUUCCAGACCUCGACUCACCGAGCCAAGUGGAUCUUCACGCCUGAAGAACUGGUCGGUAAAUACAAGGCUGCUAAUCAAAGAGCAAUACAAACAUUGGAGAAGUAUGGAGCAACACUAAUGGAAGUAGAUGUUGAUGGCACAAUAUCAUACCCUGAACCUCAAGUUAUUGCAAAAGAUAAUGCUGACAAGCAUUCUCGUCCAAAACCCAUUAGCAUUGAAGAGGAGCAGUUUAUGCGAGUAUUUUAUGAAAAUAAACUUCAAGAAGUGUGCAAAAACUUUCACUUCCCUCAUAAAGUUCAGGCAACAGCUCUUAUAUAUUUCAAAAGGUUUUAUCUACAAUGGUCGGUGAUGCAACAUCAUCCAAAAAAUAUAAUGUUAACCUGUAUAUAUGCGGCUUGUAAAAUAGAAGAAAACCACGUAUCAGCAGAGGAGCUUGGUAAGGGGAUCUCACAGGAUCAUCAAAUGAUACUCAAUAAUGAGAUGAUAGUUUAUCAGAGUUUGGAAUUUGAUCUUAUUGUUUAUGCACCAUAUCGCUCAAUUGAAGGUUUUAUCGAUGAUAUGGAGGAAUUCUGUGGAAUAAACGAUGAUCGACUCCAAAUUCUGCAGAAUUUGCUUCAUGCUGCAAAGAUGGAAGUGGAUAAAAUCAUGCUCACGGAUGCACCACUUCUAUUCCCUCCUGGGCAGUUGGCAUUGGCUGCUUUGCGUAGUGCAAAUCAGGUGCACAAAGUUGUUGACUUUGAGAGAUACCUGAGGAGCAUUCUCUCUCGUCAGAGUUCUGAACAUACCGUUUCAGAGCUAGUUGAAUUCCUUAAUGCAAUAGAUUCUUGGGCAAGAAAAUACAAGUUUCCUUCAGACAAGGAUCUCAAGCACAUCAACCGAAAACUGAAAUCUUGUUGGGGUCUUAGUUCACAUGACGAAAGUAAGAAGCGGGAUAAGAAAUCGAAGCACAAGUCGAAGAGGAGCUCAAAUGAAGUGCAACCUGUACCUUCUCAUACUGAAAUGUAAAUUUAUCUCGGUGUUUCCCUUGGAAGUUUUUUGUUUUGCUUCGGAAAGAUACUCUAAGCGAUCAUCCUGUACGAUUAUUGUAGAAUAAGAGAAUUUUACCUGUUCUUUAACUAAUAUAUUCUUUCUCCUCCCUUUUAUUUUUUUAUUUUUAUUGUUAUGUUGUCAAAUCAGUCGAUUUAAGACUUUGAGUUUGAGUGGAUGAAGAAUUUUUCUGAGCGUUGACAAUGAUCUUGUGAUUUAGCAGUAACCCUUUUUACUUUUUAAAUUUUCUUUGGAGGUGGGGAUUAGUGUGACCCCGUAUUUA